AUGGGGAUAUUCGGUAACCCUAAGGUCAGCCUACUCCCCCUCCUCCCCUUCCCUUGCCUCAUCUUGAAUUGUUUUGAUUCUAUCUUGCCUUUAUCUCCGUCGUGUUACCUGUUCCCCUUUCCUUGCUCCGUGAUCCUUUUACGCGAUGUGCCGCCUGAUCCUGAUCCGGUCCAUGAACAGCAGGACAUUGUAAUGCGGACGCUGCUCUCAGAGUCGGCAUGCAACUCCGACUAUGCAGAUGCGAGGGAGGCACAGGAUGAUGACGUUAUCAUCUCCAUGUGGACCCAGCCCUUCCCUGCUCGAUCCUCUGACGGCGUCGAGGUUCUGCUGUAUGUGCUGGAGAUGAGUGAGGUCCCUGGCGACAGCCAGCGCACUAGGGAGGUGCUUUUCACGCUCACCCUCCUGCUGAGCUCCUUCGUCGUCUGCAACAUCAGGGGAGGUCUGUCUAGAGACGUCCUCAACUCCUUCUGGCUGGACGUGUCGAACUUCCGCCGAUCCAUUAGGACUGACCUCGACGGUGCCGACGGGUACGACGACGAUCUGGACUUAUCUGAGAUCAUGCCGAAACUGCUGUGGAUCUUGAGCGGGACCUCUGUCAAUCGUAGAGGAGAGGAAGCGUCCAAGGUGCUGUCGUCGAAGCAGUACAUGGAGAGAGCGUUUGAAGAGUUCGACGUCUGCCUCAAGCGAGAUGCUCGGUCGGAGAGGGCGCAGGGCGGGUUGUGCCAUCUUUUCCCCGAUCGCGAUUGUUUUCACGUCGAGAAGAACAUGCUUUCAGAGAGCAUCUUGACUGAGAUGUCGGACAACUCGACCGACUCGAUAUCCUCUCUGAAUGAUAUCGUGAAGAAACUUGGAGUGCUGCGAGACAAGAUCUUGUUGAAUGCAGAGAUCAAAAGGAUUUCAGGAUGCAUUGUGACGGGGACGCUGUUUGUUUCACUUGCCGAAUAUUACAUCUCGAUGCUGAAUUCAUGCAACACUAUAAGGCACAUGUCAGCCUCUCGUGAUGCCAUCGACGUGUACAAGACGUGGACGAGCGGCCUGCAGAAGCAGAAUGUCAAUCGAUACAAGCUGCAGCUGGAGGAGAAGCUCAAGACCCUGUUUGAAAGAGUUUCUGCUGAGAACGCAAAGAUGUGCGAGCAAAAAUCGCUGAAGAUUAUCAAUGAGCUCUACAGAGAGCUGGAGGAAAAAAUCCACAGCAAUGUCUAUCAAGACUUCGGUGAAUACGAUCGUGACCGGAGAAGGUUUUUCGAGCUAGCGCCAAAGCAUCCCUCGGCUCUUGUGGUCAUUCACGAGUUCAUGGAAGACGCAGUUUGCUCGGUUGCAAAGAGACAAGAGUUUGAAUCUGAACAACAAAAGCUUGAAGUCUCCGAGAUCAAACAUCGCGCGGAGAUGCUGGAAAAGUCGUUACAUGAGAGCCAGAGGAGAGAAAAGGAGGCGCGGGAGAAACUUGCCAAAGAGAAACAAGUGCAUGCUACAGAACUGGAAGAGAUCGGCCAAGUGCAAUCAAGAGUCUUGAAAGAAACUUUGUUAGAGUGCGAGGAAAUCAAGAGAAUGAAGUCUGAGACUGAUCUACAACUCACUCAUGCGAUGGAAAAGAUUGAAGAGCUGACAGAGUGGAAACAAAUGAACAACUCAAGUGUAGUCUGGCAGACUUUGGACUCAAGACGAUCUCAAUCUUUGGAGACCAUGUUGCACAUCUCAAGUCUCUUCGACACCUCCUGCUUCUCCCCUCCUCCCAGGCCGAGGGCUGUCCAAGAGGACAAGACAGCGAGCGCUUUGAAUCAAACUUGCAACUCAACUGACAAGUGGGCCAGCAACGUGGUGGCAGCCCGCGACCUUCAAGGCCAGCUCGAGUCAGUGGGCGAGCAGCUCCUAAACCUCCGCAUGCUGCUGUCGCAGGAUCGCAAAAAGACCCAGGACGUGGUUGCGUCCAAGUUUGAGAACCCCAGGAGCUCCGACGACGAGAUCCAGUGGUUCACCCCGCUCAAGAUUGAGAGGGCUGCUGAGGAGGAGACGCCGCGCGCGUCCAGCCAGAGAGGAAGAGGCGAUGCGGGGAGAGAAGAACAGCAGGGAGCUUGUCGCCUCCAGAUGUCUGCGCUGCAGGAAGAUGAGAUCCAACCCGAUGGAGAGACCGCCGUGCAAGAGGAGGAGAGCCGCCGACAGGAGGAGGUUCACCAACAGGAGGAGGAGGUUCACCAACAGGAGAAGAAAGAGGAGGUAUUGGAAAGCUCCGCUCCUUACCCGGAGCAGCACCGUCAGGAGCAUGAAGCGGCGAACAACCUGCGCCAGGACGCGCCGGCGCCUGCUGAAGGACCUCGAGCUCAAGUCAGCCAUGCAGAUCAGCAAGCAGCCGCUGCGUCCUCUCCUUCACCAGCGAGCACAGCCCUAGCAGCUCACUCGAUCCCUUCGGACCCCACAAGGCAGACACCGCGAGCUGCUACCCAGGCGACUCCGUCGUUUGACAGGUCAGCGGACAACUUGAGCUACAUCCUCCACAGCCCAGAGAUCAGCUCGUCCCCAGCUCCACCAGUCCGAGGCAGCUCGUCCCCAGCUCCACCAGUCCGAGUCAGCUCGCCCCCAGCUCCACCAGUCCGAGGCAGCUCGUCCCCAGCUCCACCAGUCCAAGUCAGCUCGUCCCCAGCUCCACCAGUCCGAGGCAGCUCGUCCCCAGCUCCACCAGUCCAAAGCAGCUCGUCCCCAGCUCCACCAGUCCAAGUCAGCUCGUCCCCAGCUCCACCAGUCCAAGUCAGCUCGUCCCCAGCUCCACCAGUCCAAGUCAGCUCGUCCCCAGCUCCACCAGUCCAAGUCAGCUCGCCCCCAGCUCCACCAGUCCGAGUCAGCUCGCCCCCAGCUGAGGCCCUGCAGGAGUUGCUCUUCGCCCGCAUUGAGACUCUCGAGCGAUCGCUGGCUGACCUCCAGCAAGUCUCAGCAGAGCCUCCAGCUGACAUGUCAAACCUGGUGGUCGGCUGCCGCGUCGACCAGUCGGUCGAUCACUUCGAGAACGGGAAGAGGCUGACCAAGUACCGCACGAGCGUCCUGCUUGCCAACGGGCAGAUCUUCACGCUCGAGAAGCGAUACAGCGAGUUCCUUGAGCUUUACAACAAGCUGACCGUCAUGUACCCGCAAGUCCCGAUGCCUGCUGUUGCCAAGGAGUUGUUCGGAGGAAUGCGCUCGUCGACCUGGUUCCAUAGGUUCGACCCCGACCUGAUCGAAUGCAGAAAAGUCUGGCUGAACGAGUUCAUGUCCACUCUCAUCAAGCUGCCAAUGAUAUCGACGAGUCGGAUUUUGCAUGGGUUUCUAUCCACCAUCAACUUCAUCAACUCCCCGAAAAAAGUUUUCAACGUCUCUGGUGACCCGCCCAAUCACGCUGAAGGAGGCUCGCAGCCAUCCUCGGGGAAGAGAGAACGGCCAAGUAGCGGAGGAAGAGGAGGAGACAAGGUGGAUGGGAUGAGCAAGCAGAAGGCUCAAGACUCAGGGGACGAGCGGUCGCUGAGCAAGGACUGGGUGCUGGUCCAUGUCAACAAGAAAGCUCCUGCCAUGCAAGACAAGAGCGCGGCGAGUGCCUUGCGUGAGAGGAAUAUGCAGCAGCAGCAGCAGCAGCAGCAGAGACAGGGAGAGAACGGUUUUGACCGGGGGACUGAGUAA